GGGGAAUUUUGCUCCCUGUUUAUGUUUAGUUAUGUAAAACUCAAAGUAGUAUGGGGUUUCUUCAGAGAGUGAAGUUUCCACAAGCCACUUGCCCGUUUACAACGAAGAAACGUAAUACAGUGAGGAAUAUAUAUAAGAAAGACGUAGUUGAUCUUGAAGAGUAAGGAGCAAAAAAUACUAAAAAACAUGGCUACAAAGCUUGAUUGGGGGGCUGUCAAAAAGGACCCCGUGUCUUUCUUAUUCAAACUGCUUCAAAAGGAGAGGAGUGCUGUACCACCUUCAUUUGAAUAUACUCGGCCAGACAAUGUUCAGUUCCAGUGCUCUAUGAGACUUGCUGACAAAUCAGUAUUUACAGGCAAGCCCGCUCAAUCAAAAAAACUGGCAAAGAGAAGUGCCUGUCUUGAAUACUUGAACUGGAUGAAGAGCGACGAUACAUCAGACACGUCGGCCAAUCAACCCGGCAGCCUUCCCGUCUCGCAAGAUUUUUUGAAAAAAGAAGCGCAGGACAAUCUGAUUAUGUUAGACAUGCCACCUUGUACUGAGGAACGCAACGAACAAGCUUCAAUAAAAUCCGAAGAGCAAGCAUUCACAAAUGCGAAUCAACAACGCGAAAUUGUCCCAGACGCAUCACAUUGUUCCUUAGCAAUAAAAGUUUUUAAAACUUUUGAGCGGGAAUUUGGAAUGCUCGACGUUUUGCAAGCAUUUCUCAUAUCAGCGGGAUACAACAGUAAAGUGUCCACACAGUUUAAGACAGACGAAUCCGGUAAAGGAUUUACUGGUAUACUUUACCUUGGAAAGAUGGCCGUCCAUCAAAUGAGUUUUCAGGAUGCACCUAAUGAAGCGUCUUACAGAAGCGCAUGUAAUUGCCUCGUGAGGACAGGCCUGAACAAACUUUUGAAUUGCCCAAAGCAAUAGGAAUGUCGUAAAUAGCAGAAUAAAAGUUCAUUUAAAUCACCUUAAAUAAUUGAUUGUUGAUGGG